AGACAAAUUCAAGAAAAUGUAGUAAAGCAAAUAAUAGAUGAGAAGUUCAACUACACAUCCCAUUCCAACAACCAUAAUCUUUGAGUCCUUGUUAUUGCAUGCAUGUAGAACCAAUAUAUAGUAAGAAACAGAAGGCCAAAGUUACAUCCAGCCUUUACACAUUUUUUUCUAAACUUCUAGGAUUUGCAGCGAAAAAUGGCUCAGCAUUGGCAUCUAUCCUACCUCUUACCACUUGCAUUUCUAAUCUUAUUCAUGUAUGGCCACAUAACGAGUGGUGUAUCAGCACAUCGUCUUCUGGAGACACCCCUUCCUGAAAUUCCUAAACCGAAAUUCCCAGAAGUCCCAGUUUUGCCAAAGUUUGAGAUCCCAACUAUUCCAAAACCCGAGCUUCCAACCAUACCGAAGCCUGAAAUUCCAGCCAUUCCAAAGCCUGAAAUUCCUAGUGUACCAAAACCUGAAGUACCAACUGUGCCAAAGCCUGAGAUCCCAGCUGUGCCAAAACCAGAGCUUCCAACCAUACAGAAGUCUGAAAUCCCAGCCAUUCCAAAGCCUGAAAUUCCUACUGUACCAAAACCUGAAGUACCAAGUGUACCAAAACCCGAGCUACCAUCUGCGCCAAAGCCUGAGUUACCUACUUUACCAAAGCCUGAAGUGCCAACUGUGCCAAAACUCAAGCUACCAGCAGUGUCAAAGCCCGAGUUACCAACUUUGCCAAAACCUGAGACUCCAGUUGUGCCAAAGCCCGAGCUUCUUCCGGCCGUGCCAAAGGCUGAAGUACCAAUUGUGCCAAAGCCUGAGCUACCAGUUGUGCCAAAAUUUGAGGUACCAAAGCCUGAGAUUCCUAUCAUGCCAAAGCCUGAAGUACCAAAGCCUGAAAUUCCAGAUGUGCCAAAACCCCAGGUCCCCGCAAUGGCAAAACCCGAGCUUACUCCCGUGAAAAAGCCAGAAGUGCCAAAGUCCGAAGUUCUAGCUAUGCCAAAGCCUGAGAUGCCGAGUAUACCAAAGCCAGAAAUCCCGGAACUGCCUAAACCAGAAUUACCAACAUUCCCAAGCCAUCCAAAGGACACACCUUUUCCUUCUCUUUCUCCACCUUACAAACCUACAACUCCUUAAAUAUGAUAAUACUUUCUAUUCAUUUUAUUUGAAAAAAACCCCCACAAAGCAAUGUUUCUAGAUUGGCAUUAUUCAAUCCCUGAAGGAUGUUACAGGGAGGGGAUAUAGAAAUUAAUAUCGUACUUUAUGUACUCCCUCCGUUUCAUAUUAAA